AAUUUUUCGAAUCCAAAUAUUCUUAAAUCCCUCCCAAAUCAAUCAAUCCUCUCAUCCAAAACACACACAAAAAAUGUCAGAUCUGCCGCCGCCGGAGAAACCAAACAUGGAGCUCACAUCGUCCUCUUCCAUGCCUGGAUCCUCUUCUUCCUCUCUACACCAUUCCUACAGUCGGAAACAGAAAUCUCUCGGCCUCCUUUGUACCAAUUUCUUAGCUUUGUAUAAUCGACAUGGAAUUGAAACGAUUGGGCUUGAUGACGCCGCCUCAAAAUUAGGAGUUGAGAGACGGAGAAUCUAUGAUAUUGUUAAUGUUCUUGAGAGUGUUGGCGUAUUAACAAGAAGAGCUAAGAAUCAGUAUACUUGGAAAGGAUUUUCAGCAAUUCCAGCUGCUUUAAAGGAGCUACAAGAAGAAGGUGCUAAAGACACUUUUCACCGUUUUUAUAUCAAUGAGAAUGUCAAAGGAUCUGAUGAUGAGGAUGAUGAGGAAGAGUCUUCUUCUCAGCCUCUUUCUAGUAGUCAGACUGAAACUUCCUCGAAACCUGCCUCUCUACCCGGCCAAUCUUCUGAUUCCUCUAAAAUAGAUAAUCGUCGAGAGAAAUCAUUAGGAGUGCUUACUCAGAACUUCAUCAAGCUCUUUAUUUGCUCUCAAGCUACGAUCAUUUCCCUAGACGAGGCUGCAAAACUUCUGCUUGGAGAUGCACACAAUACAUCAAUAAUGAGAACCAAAGUGAGAAGGCUUUAUGACAUUGCAAAUGUCUUAUCAUCAAUGAAUCUCAUUGAAAAGACUCACACCAUAGAUUCUAGAAAACCAGCUUUCAAAUGGUUAGGAUACAACGGCGAACCUACUUUCACUCUCAGCAGCGAUUUGAUGAUGCAAGCCGAAUCAAAGAAGAGAGUUUUCGGAACUGAUCUAUCAAACGUCAGUGUCAAGAGAAGCAAAACACAUGAUGACAAUGCUUCUACAGAGAGAAGGCUGAAGAUGAAACAAGCAGAGAGUUCUUAUAACAGAAUCUUUGAUGCUCAUGAAUCAAGAGGUUACCAGUUUGGUCCUUUUGCACCAGCUACAAGUACAUAUCCAACUGCUCCUUUGGAGGAUAGCUCCAAGAGAGCUUUUGAUGUUGAGAAUCUGGUUUCUGAUUACCGUCCCUCAUACCAAAACCAAGUUUUGAAAGACCUCUUUGAACAUUACAUGGACGCUUGGAAGUCAUGGUACAGUGAAGUCACCCAGACGAAUCCAUCACAACAUCAUUAGAGCUACUCUUCUUCUUCUUCUUCUUUUCAUCUUCUCUUUACCUGCAACAUGUAUUUUGGUCUAUAAUUUGUCUACAAAUUCUCCUCUUUUAAUUGAUUUAGAAAAAAUUACGUGUCAUAUUUU